AUGUACUACUGGUAUAGCGCGGUGAUUACAUUUAAGCCUCAGUCUUGGUCGAUAACCGGACUUGCCAGCAUUGGGCGGUUUGUCGCCUUGGCUGGUGAAGCCGGUUUGGUGGGUAUGGGUAUUUAUUCUGUUGUUGAUGAUCAUUCCUCUGCGCCAUAUUUCGUCUUUGGUUAUAUCAAAGUCAAUAAGGCUGCUAAGGCGAGACGCGCGAUGGGCAAGAAGGAUUUGGUGAAGCUUGACGAAGACUUUAGGAGGAAAUGGCCAACAUUGAUAUGA